GAUUUCGCAAUGUGGCUCCCUGCCUAAACAUGCGUGAAUUCUUCAGUAAGGGGUUCUCCCGGACAAGGCCGCAGAUGUUGAGCAAGCGUAGACGCCGAACCCGAGCUUUGCCAACGAACCCAUCACUGGUGUUUUGCCGCUGAGGGCUCAAAAAGUCGUCAGAGUGAGCGCUGCCGUCGAUGCUCCUCUAUAGCAUGCAGGUUGAUAAUGCCUCAUCACUUAUACUGGUCAACGACCCCCCCCACCUUCAAUCAACGUAGAACCUAAAGAGAAACCCGACCGACGCACAGGCCAGACCAAUAUCGUGGCUAGGACUGACCAGUCCCCUAUUGACAUCCGAGAGAUGGACUGGAAGAUAGUCCUGGACUUUCCGCUGACUGAUAUGAUGCAGCUCAGUCCUGAAUUCUCCAAAGCCCUGAGGCCAAUGCCACAACGCAUAGUGGUUUGCAAGCCCAAAAGAAAUCAAAGGGCAAGGAGAAAACUGUGGUUGACCCUAACAUUCUGCUGGCAUCAACAUCGACAAGUCAGGUCACACAUCAUGACCAUCAACGAUCCGACUAUGAACAUCAGUGCUUUUUUUUUUUUUUCCUUUUUCCAAAGCAGUACUCGGCUACUUGACGACCAUCCAGAAUUGAUUGCAAUCUUGGCGACGCUCCUCACAGAGGACGUACACGACCAACCACCAUCUUGGAAACCUCCAGGACGGGUAUCCAGACGAAAAGGGAACGAGGGGUGACGCCGUCCCGAUGGGAAGAGCCGGAUGGCCCGAGUUCUUCUCCCUUUAUGACGUCAAAGACUAAGAUUGCCGUCGGUCGCCCUGCCUACCCUAUCCUAUGUCGAUAACCCCCUCGCAUUAGGCGGCGGGCAAUUGCUUUCAGCUCCCCCUUCCCCUUCCCCUUUGCUUUCCCUGGCAGCCGCAAAUGAUGGAGACGAAAGUCAAAAAAAAUAAAAAAAAAAUAAGAGGUGGUAAUAAACACUCACGACCUGAGCUGCCAGCCGCGGCGGGCCUUGGGAGAAGGUUUCUCUCUAACCCCCUAGAGCCCGAUCGGCCGGAGGAGGCUGGGAGGAAGAAAGGGUGGGGGGGCGG